CCGCGCCCUCCGAACCAUAGAGAGGAAGCCGGCUGAGUUCCUCGUAGCUGGACAGAAAGCCGGGCUUGUCAGGCCCCCGGAGGACCCAACUCGCUGGUUUGCGGUUUCCGUGGAGAGGACGCGCUGUGUGACACGAGGGUUUUAUUUUUUUGCCUGGUGAGCCCAGUACACGCCGGACAGCGAGAGUCCCCGGGUCUGCAUUGCUGUAAACGAACUAAGCUGAAAGAGACCAGCAAUCUCCAAAAAGUCAUCUGGAAACAUCUCUGAAUAUUUGGAACAGUGUAUAAGCAGAUAAAGAGAAACUAACAAAAAAAGAAGUAAAAUGAAUAAUUGAGGCAGGUUUCUGUGUGUCUCCACUUUCUAUCUGGAAGUUGAAGAAUCUUCCUUGGAAUUUAAGGAUUUUGUGUUUUUAAGAAGAGAUGACCUUUCAAUUUAAUUUCGCUAUAGAAGAACAUCUGGAAAAUGAAUUAACACCCCCUGGAGUUGCAGCAGUAACUGUGGGUUCCUCAAAAAAGUUGUCGGUCUCAAAAAGUCAAAAGGAGAAACAGAAGGACUUGGCUCCGGCUCCCACGUGGGAACCUAAGUCAGUGGGGAACGCAGCUUCCUGUCAACACACAGACAACCUAUGCAGUGCGACUGACAGUUCAAGGCUCUUGGAGCCACAUGAAAAGCAGUGCUGCUUGAGAGUUGCCAAAGAGCAUGUUAUGCCCACAGAUGUGAAGAAAGUGUUAGAAAAUAAAGUCAUAGACGCGGUACCAGGUCUCCAGAAUGUCAGCCUGUCAGUAGUGAAGACCGCCUUGUUGAAGGAGAGCUGCUCUGGAGAAAACAUAGUUUCGAAGAGCUUUUCUUGUCACUCUGAUCUGAUUACAGGUGUUUACGAAGGAGGCUUAAAAAUCUGGGAAUGUACCUAUGACCUCCUGGCUUAUUUCACAAAGGCCAAAGUAAAGUUUGCUGGCAAAAAAGUGUUGGAUCUUGGCUGUGGAUCAGGGUUGCUGGGUAUAACUGCUUUCAAGAGAGGGGCCAAAGAAGUUCAUUUUCAAGAUUAUAAUGGGAUGGUGAUUGAUGAAGUAACCUUACCUAAUGUUGUGGCUAACUGCACUUUGGAAGGUGAAGAAAAUGAUGUAAAAGAGCCAGAUGUGAAAAGAGGUAGGAAUUCAAGAGUAGCAGAAGAGCUAUGUAAAUGCCGGUUCUUUUCUGGGGAGUGGUCUGAGUUCUGUAACCUUGUCCUGAGCAGUGAGGAACUCUUUGUAAAAUAUGACCUCAUUCUCACUUCAGAAACCAUUUACAAUCCAGAUUACUAUAGUACUUUGCAUCAAACAUUCCUUAGACUGUUGGGAAAAAAUGGACGGGUGCUUUUGGCCAGCAAAGCACAUUAUUUUGGUGUAGGUGGAGGUGUUCAUCUGUUUCAGAAGUUUGUAGAAGAAAGGGAUGUAUUUGAAACUAGAACACUUGAAAUCAUUGAUGAAGGACUAAAGAGGUUCCUAAUUGAGUUGACUUUUAAGUUCCCUAAUUAGUGUUCACUGGAUGUCCUAAGUGAAAUAAACAGAUUGACAAAAACAUGUUUUGAAUAUUUAAUUCUGGUUUUUCUAUUAUUAUUUUGU